GGCGGGGGCGGGGGCAGCGCGUGGCCGCCGCCGCCUCCUCCCGCAGCCGUUGGCCGCGGCGGUUGGCGGGGCGCGGGCGGCGCUGCUGCCAUGGCGUUCUCCUCGGCGCCCCUCAAGGUCUGCAUCGUGGGCUCGGGGAACUGGGGUUCUGCAGUUGCCAAAAUAAUAGGCAAUAAUGUAAAAAAAUUGCAGAAGUUUGCUUCUACAGUGAAGAUGUGGGUGUUUGAGGAGAACAUUAAUGGGAGAAAACUGACAGAUAUCAUAAAUAAUGAACAUGAAAAUGUAAAAUAUCUCCCUGGAUACAAGCUGCCAGAUAAUGUGGUUGCUGUCCCAAACCUUAAUGAAGCUGUACAGGAUGCAGACUUGCUGGUCUUUGUCAUUCCUCAUCAAUUCAUUCAUAAGAUCUGCGAUGAAAUCACAGGACGAGUACCCAGGAAAGCUCUUGGUAUAACUCUUAUAAAGGGAAUAGAUGAAGGCCCAGAGGGACUCAAGCUGAUCUCUGACAUUAUUCGAGAGAAGGUGGAAAUAGACAUCAGUGUGCUGAUGGGAGCCAACAUUGCCAAUGAGGUGGCGGCAGAGAAAUUCUGUGAAACCACAAUAGGCAGCAAGAUCUUGGAGAAUGGCCUUCUCUUCAAAGAACUCCUGCAGACUCCAAACUUCCGAAUAACUGUAGUAGAUGAUGCAGAUACUGUUGAACUUUGUGGUGCUCUAAAGAAUAUUGUGGCAGUAGGAGCUGGGUUCUGUGAUGGCCUUCGCUGUGGUGACAAUACUAAAGCUGCCGUUAUUCGCCUUGGCCUAAUGGAGAUGAUUGCCUUUGCCAGAAUUUUUUGCAAAGGACAGGUGUCUACUGCCACCUUCCUGGAGAGCUGUGGAGUUGCUGAUCUUAUCACAACGUGUUAUGGUGGCCGGAAUCGACGGGUAGCAGAAGCAUUUGUCAAAACUGGAAAGUCUAUUGAAGAAUUGGAGCAAGAAAUGCUGAAUGGUCAGAAACUGCAAGGACCACAGACUUCUGCAGAAGUGUAUCGCAUCCUCAAGCAGAAAGGAAUGGUGGAAAAGUUUCCACUAUUCACUGCUGUAUAUCAAAUCUGCUAUGAAGGGAAGCCUGUCAAAGAGAUGAUAUCCUGCCUUCAAAGUCAUCCAGAGCACAUAUAAAAUCAAUCAGGCCAUUGCACUAAUGCAGCUUUCUGCCUUUCAAAUUUAUAUUUGGGUUCAAGUGGCUGUAUCAUUAAGCUUCAUACAAAGCUGUUCACUGGGCAGCUGUAACAAUAUGAAUGUGUCUGAGUGGAUACUGGUUUAUUUGCUUUUUGGCCUAGUUCAACAUAGCAUGUAGUGUUGGCUUGGUGACUGUCAUUUUGCUGGCUAAAACAACUGUUUUAAGAUAAGCAGUUCAAUACUUGCACUACAUAUAUAGUGUAUAUACACAAGUGUACUGCGUGUGUGUUCCUACAAUAUAAGACAUAAACAAUAUUUAGUUGUCUCUCAUGAAGGCCCAGUCCAAAAUCCACUGGACAUGGUGGGAAGAAUCCCACUGGUUUUAAUGGAGGCUGAAUCAAGCCAGUCAUCUUAAAGUAUUAGGAGUCUUUUUUUUUAUAACUCAUUUUUAUUGUGCGUACAUAUUGAAAUUUGAAUGUUUUGCAUGUUUUUUAUUAUAUUCUUUUAAGCAAUAUUAAUGGAAACAAGUGGUAGCAGUUAUUCAGGAGGCUACAGGAAUGUUUUAAUGAACUCCAUUGAACAAUAUCAUGAUUUUUGAAAGUCUUUCAAACUAUCAGACUAUUUUGAAACCAAUUUUUAAGUGAAUUUAAAGUUUUUAAGUAUACUGUUUUAAAGGGAAUAUGCUAGAGGGGGAUCAUUAUCUCCCCUUCUGUUUUUUAAUCCUUGCAUUUUUGUAUUUCUGCAUUUCUCUCUUGCCAUUCCUGGUUGUUAUGCUCCUCUAGAAUCUCAUUCCAAAAAACAAGUGGGAGAUUUUGACCUGGGGGUUCUGAAUCCUGGCGCUUAGGGUUUGUUUUAGUGCUGUACAUGUGAUGGUUCUUCUUUGGUAUAGUUUGGGUGGGGAAGGAUACUCUUGGGGUAUCCACUGCUCAGAACUGUCAUGCUAUUUUUCUACCUUAACCAUCAGGUACUAUGUGUUGAACUGCACACAGCACAGAAUGUUUGGGGGGUUCCCUGGUAGCUCAUGCUUGUGUUGUCAAAAAGAUCGUACACCAGUGUGCUGAGUGCAUUCAUUCAAGUGCCUGCCGGUGACUGACCUGUCAGCUGGACUGCCAGCCUCCACAGAGAAAUCAUGAGUUCUGAUGCUACUCUUUCAUUUGAAAAAAGUUAGUGGAUGCUGGUUCAAGUCCUCUAUGACCAAGCCCUGAAAGCUUCUCAAAGGCGUCUCUCUUUUAUUUUUGUGAUACCUCAGCUGCGUAUUUUUAGACACUUUUGCUUUAUCAGGGAGGUUAAUUUGAUUUAUUAUUAGAGGACUUGUGAUGCUCAACUGUCUGGUCAGCACUGGGUUGUGAUUUGGUGGGGGGGUGGUUUGUUAGCAAGGUUGAUGAAAGAGAAGAUAGAUGGAUGAAAUCUUUUGUCUUGCUUUUCUUUACAAAUAGCAAAGUAUACAGUUUGUAUACUAAGCUGUAUACUUUUUGGUAAAAUAUAUGCUAGGCACAUAACGAGUGGACUCAUCCUUGCAGCAGAGAGACAAGGGUUAGCAUUGAGAUUCACAGAGCUUAACACUGGGCCAGUCACAGGAACAUGCAUCCCGUCUGAACAUCCACUCCAGCCUUCUGAGCCACAUCAGAAGUGAUUACCUUCUUUUCAGUAUUCUCGAUGAUGUUCGUAGACCAGAAAUUGCAAGCACAAACCCUUCCUGAAGCUUUAGUAUGGCAUUCAGUACUUGCUAAAACAAAGAAGAUGCCUGGGAAUAAUUAUCAUCCAUACUUGAGUAGCGUGGGUCACCCUGGAAUAAGCAAGUGUUGGGGCAGCUUUGUAUAGACUGGAAGAUGCUUCAGCUCAGGAGUGCCAUUUCUUGAGCUCCUGUAGAGUUUUGCAGUAAUUUAGGAAGAUCAUGUGAAUGUCAUCAGAUAUUCAGGGACAUGAAAGGUUAUUUUGCCUUAUUCCUGCCUUCUAAUUUAGUGCUAAAUAUAACAGAGAUGGCCAGAAGUUAAGUAUUAUCAGACAUUUGUGGCAAUUGGGCAAAUGACUGGUAGAGCUGGUGUGGAGAAAGCACUCUGUUUAGUUAAAAAGAUGUUUUAAGGCUGGAGGCUUUGUUACACUAACGCACACAUGGAGCAUACACUCUUUGUUAGGGCAUAACUUCCAGUGUGUCUGCUUACAUUUUUUUUGUUGGUAGUGGUUUUUGUUUUUGUUUUUUAACCAAGCUGGCUGGCUUUGCCUUUAGAGAUAUAUGCAUAUAUAUAUAUAUAUAUAAUUUUCUUUUUCAUGCAGUAUAUAGAACGAUAGUAUUUUGUAAGAUAUGUAAAGGGCUAUAUGAGCUAAAUGUGGUAAAUUAAUAUAUAUUUUAAGAUGAUUUCUGUAUUAUUCCAAUACUUUUAUUUUCACUGAAACCCUAAAUCUUAACUGCUGUUGUUUUGUACAGAAGCCUAUUCAGUGAGAAAUCUGGAGGAAGGCUUUCUAUGGGACUUUCUUUCAGUCUGCAAUGAUAUUCUAGACAAAAAGUGGUUUCAGUAACUACAAUAAUUUAUUUUACUUUCUAUAGAUAUUUCAACAUUUGUACUUGCUUUUCAGUGCUUGAGAACAUUCAGCUUGGCAUUGUGUUUUUUCCCCACUAAUAUUUACUACUAAUUAUGAAACUGUGAUACGAUAUUGGAACUGAAUGAUUAGAAUUCUAUUCUACAAACACUCUGUUUUGCCUAGUACUGGGAUGGUCUUACUGAAAACAUUAACCCCUGUGUACGAUUUUUGCAUCCAAGGUCCUAAAUUUGUAACUACUGACCAAUUAAAGAACAUUAAUCACUAAGGAAUGGCAUUAUCUUUUAAUGAUAUAUACUCAACUGGCCCUUGACAUGUGUACUUUUUUAUUUAAAGAUUGCAAAUGGAUACCCAUUUGAAAAAUUAGUACAAAUAAACAUUUUGUCUUGGGAAUCA